UAUGUGCUUCAAGUAAAGGCAACAGAUGCUGAUGAUCCCACUUACGGAAACAGUGCUAGAGUGGUUUACAGCAUUCUUCAGGGGCAACCAUAUUUCUCCAUUGAUCCAAAGACAGGUGUAAUAAGAACAGCUUUGCCAAAUAUGGACAGAGAAGUGAAAGAACAAUAUCAAGUUCUAAUCCAAGCCAAGGACAUGGGAGGACAGCUAGGAGGACUAGCUGGUACUACCACAGUAAACAUUACUCUCACAGAUGUCAAUGACAACCCACCCAGAUUUCCUAAGAGUAUCUUCCAUUUAAAAGUACCUGAAUCCUCUCAUGUUGGUUCUGCUAUUGGAAGGAUCAGAGCUGUGGACCCUGAUUUUGGGAAAAAUGCAGAAAUUGAGUACAACAUAGUUCCAGGAGAUGGAGGAAACUUGUUUGACAUCACAACAGAUGAGAAUACCCAGGAAGGAGUCAUCAGACUGAAAAAGCCGUUAGACUUUGAAACAAAAAAGGCAUACACCUUUAAAGUUGAGGCCUCUAAUCUCCAUCUUGACCAUCGAUUUCACUCUGUGGGUCCUUUCAAAGACACUGCCACUGUGAAGAUAAAUGUGUUGGAUAUGGAUGAACCUCCAGUUUUCAGCAAGCCUAUGUACACAAUGGAGGUUUAUGAGGAUACUCCUGUGGGGACCAUUAUAGGUGCAGUAACAGCACAAGACCUUGAUGCUGGCAGCAGCUCAGUUAGAUACUUCAUCGAUUGGAAGAAUGAUGUGGAUAGCUACUUUACAAUAGACGCUACUGAAGGAACCAUUGCUACUAAUGAAUUACUGGACAGAGAAAGCACAGCACAGUACAAUUUCUCUAUAAUUGCAAGUAAAGUUAGUAACCCACUAUUAACCAGCAAAGUCAACGUUAUAAUAAAUGUCCUGGAUGUCAACGAGUUUCCUCCUGAAAUUUCAGUCCCAUAUGAGACAUCUGUAUGUGAAAAUGCCAAACCAGGACAGGUGAUACAGACUGUCACUGCAGCAGACAAAGAUUUGUCACCAGCUGGGCAAAGGUUUUCCUUCAGAUUGUCGGCUGAGGCUUCCAACAAACCAAAUUUCACAGUCCAUGACUACAGAAACAACACAGCUGGGAUUGAAACCAGGAGAAAUGGUUACAGCAGAAGACAGCAAGAGCUGUACUUUCUUCCAGUAGUAAUAGAAGAUAGCAGUUACCCUGUCCAGAGCAGCACAAACACAAUGACUAUCCGUGUUUGCAGAUGUGAUUCUGAUGGUACCAUUCUGUCCUGCAACGUGGAAGCAAUCUUCUUACCAGUAGGCCUCAGCACAGGAGCACUGAUUGCAAUCUUAUUGUGUAUUGUUAUACUUCUAGUCAUUGUGGUACUGUAUGUAGCACUACGGAGACAAAAGAAAAAGGACACCCUGAUGACCUCUAAAGAAGACAUCAGAGAUAAUGUUAUCCAUUAUGAUGAUGAAGGAGGUGGAGAAGAGGACACCCAGGCUUUUGACAUCGGUGCCCUGAGGAAUCCCAAAGUGAUUGAAGAUAACAAAAUGCGUAGAGACAUAAAACCAGACACCUUGCGUUUUCCACGUCAGAGACCACCAGUGGAAGAUAACACAGACAUUAGAGAUUUCAUUAAUCAAAGGCUGCAGGAAAAUGAUGUAGAUCCAACUGCACCCCCUUAUGACUCCUUGGCAACCUAUGCCUAUGAAGGAAAUGGAUCUGUUGCAGAAUCUCUCAGCUCUAUAGACUCUGUUACUACAGAGGCAGACCAGGAUUAUGACUAUCUGAGUGACUGGGGACCUCGCUUUAAGAUCUUGGCAGACAUGUUUGGAGAAGAAGAAAGUUAUAACCCUGACAAAGUCACUUAAGUACAACUACAUCAGAGAAAUAAAAAGAAAAGUAAACCAACAACAAAUUUAAAAGAUAAACCUAAGCUUUAUAAUAGGACAAGAUUCCUUUUAUUAUAAAAGACAGCAACUGUUUCCAGCAAGUUACUUCAUUUAUCAUGCUGUCAGUUUUGGUUUGAUCAGGAAAGGAUCGAUAAAUACUGUAAUAUACAUGUUUUUUUGUUGUUGUUAUUUUGUUACUCUGGAAUUACACUGAGACAAGCUCAGGUCUACAAGGUACAGUUUACUGACCUGACUUAGAAAGAAGAUAGCUUUCUGGCAUCAUGGUGGAAGAGUGGUAGCUUUUUCGUAAUUCCACUAAAGUGCCUAUUGAAACUUUUCUCAUUUAAGUGGUAAAGAGUUUGCUGUGACGGUGUUACAAAACUGAAUGGUAAAUUGGACAAGAACUUUAAGACAAGAAGCAAUAGCAACACGCUGACUUCUUUUAGAACAAAAAUGGAGAUCACUUCCUGGAGUAUAUCUAAUGACUAAAACUAAGGGGUGGGGGGGGAAAGAGGGGGGGUGGUGUGUACGUUGUGUUUGAGGGUUAUGUUUGUUUUUUUAAAAAGAAGAAAACAUAUGUCAAGAUGUCAUAUUUCUUCUUCCAAAAUUUCACUGAAUAUUUAAAUUUAAAAUGCUAUGGUUCACUCUG